AUGUCUAAAGUUUUACUGUUCAUAUCCUGCCUGCUGGCUGUGGGAUGGGCGCAUGGGCUGCCACCGGCGGUGCAGCUGGGUGGUGCAAUUGUCGCAGCUGUCGAACAGGAUGCGGAGCAGCAGGAAGAGGAGCUGGCAGCAGCAGCCACAGUCACGGAGCAGCGCUGGCUGCAGUCAGCAGAGCAGCAGCUGGAGCGAGUGCUCAGCGGCGAGCUGAGCGGCCAGCAGUUGAGCCAGUUGCUGGGCAAUUGGUCAGCCGAAGCUCGCGGCAAGCAUCACAAACACAAGAAGCUGAUGAAGAUGCUCUUUCCGCUGGUGAGCGCGGCGUUGCUGGCCAAGUUUAUAUUGCUGCCCUUGAUCUUGAAAUGGCUAACGGCGCUCUCGGCCUCAUCAUUUGUCAUGGGCAAAAUAGCGCUGGCUGCCGCCGGCCUGCUGGCCUUGAAGUCCAUGAUGAGUCCAACGCACGAACGUCUGGAAAUUGUGCACGCCUCGGCGCCAACAAUCAAGAGCUACCAUGGCGAUCUAUCCUCGAGCGGCAGCAGCUGGAUACCACUUAGACAGCACUACAUACCGCUGGGCGUGGCCAAGGACUCGUAUCGUUACGAUAAUAAGCCCUUCCUAUAG